AUGCAAUUACAAUUGCUUGGUACGCUGGCUUCCUCAGAAAAGAAAAAAUCACAGAGAUUUUUUUUCAAAAAUAACAAAUCUACAAAAAAUAAAGCUGGAAAAUCAAGCAUCAUGAGUUCAGAUACAAAUGUAAACAAAAGUGCCUCUCCAACUGCGACUGCAGAGGAACAGCCAGUAGAACCUGAUGGCACCCUUCCUGGCUCAGACAAUAACCAAGAAAAGAAAGUAAGAUUAUCUCCAGCCAAAAUGUCAACCAAGAAUUAUACAGAUCUAGUUGAAUAUGUUGACAAGAGUCAUCCUUUCCUCCCCAUCAUUCCAAACACCCAAGGAGGUCAGCUGGAAGACAGACUGAACAACCAGGAGCGUACCAUAGCUUUCCUUCUUGAACAAGCCUUCCGCAUCAAGGAGGACAUCUCUGCUUGCCUGCAGGGAACGCAUGGCUUUCGAAAAGAGGAAUCGCUAGCCAGGAAGUUACUGGAAAGCCACAUCCAGACCAUCACCAGCAUCGUCAAAAAACUCAGCCAAAACAUUGAGAUUUUAGAAGACCAAAUAAGAGCUCGAGAUCAGGCGGCCACAGGAACUAACUUUGCAGUACACGAGAUAAACAUCAAACACCUACAAGGAGUUGGAGAUCUUCGAGGAAGAGUAGCCAGAUGUGAUUCAAGCAUUGUGAAGCUUUCUGGAGACAUUCACUUAUUCAGGCAAGAGUACCGGCAAAUUGAGAAAGCCAUUCAAGAAUUCGUGCCCGCCCUGGAAACUCUUUCCAAGAACUUGGACAUGAAGGUGAUGCAGCUCUUAGGAAAGAUAGAAACUGCCAGUUCUGAGCAAACCUCUAAUUUAAAGAUGGUCCAGGGGGAUUAUCGCCGUGAAAUGAACCUUUUGGAAUUCAAAUUUCAUUCACUUUCAAGUAAUCUGUAUGAAGAAGUUGAGAAUAAUAAAAAAUGGACAGAAAACCAAUUUCUCAAAUAUAGAAAAGAUCACCUGGGCCAUAUAAAUGAAUGUCUGAAGGUCCUACAGGAGAAACUGGAAAAGUCUGAAAAUAAAAUGGAAGAAAAACUGCUGCAGCUUUCAAGCAAAGUGGAGAAUUUCAUUAACACACAGAAACAGGAAACACAACUAAGUAAAGUAAAGCAUACGGAAAAUAAAUUGUCCAAAAGGAUGGAACAAAUGGAAAAGCAGAUCUGGGGUGAAUUAGAGACAAUGCAGAAUGAAUAUCAAUCGGGAUUUAAAUCAAUUCAUGACUCUCUCAGCUCCCUCCAACAAAUACAGAAAACAAAGAUGGAUUUAGAGAAAUAUAAAGUACAGAAAGAUCUAAAGAAAUUACAGCGCAAGAUAGUGGAACUCCAGGAAGUAUAAACCUUUUCAGUCAUCUUCUUUUUCACCAGCCAAUGGAGUGAUUUGUUGGAAAAAGUUCUGAAGAAGAAAGUUACUAUCUCUGGGAUGUUUACUGCUUCUAAUGUCUCCUUUUAAGGAGAUGAAUGUACCAGAAAAAUAAUAAAGCAAAGAAGCUUUG